AUGCGCCUCGCCCACCUCCACCUCCCAAAUACAACACCUUUCGCCCGAGUCUCCCACCUCCAACAAACCCUAACAACAAGACUCUUAACACACAAAAAGCUAGUCUCCCCAGGCUCCCUCUCUUCUCAAGAUCCUCUCGACCCAACCAACACCCUCUCCAAAAACCCCCCACCACCCCCAGACCCAACAAUAAUCACCUUCACCCCAAACCCAGUCUACACCACAGGCCGGCGCGACCUCCCCCCCUCAAAUACAAGCCCACCAAGCAACGUGAACAACACACCCCUAUCCCUCCCCCCAGCCCUCGAGCCCAUCCGCUCAAUCCUCACCGGGGCCUCGAAUGGCAGCCCCCCACUAGCGGAAUACCAUCCCACCCUCCGCGGCGGGCAGACCACCUACCACGGACCCGGCCAGAUGGUCGCAUACACGAUUCUCGAUCUAAAGAGACUUGGGCUGACGCCUCGGUGCCAUAUUCGCGUCUUGGAGAAUAGUGUGAUUGAUCUGCUGGACGGGUUCGGGGUUCGGGGGUUUACGACGGAGGAUCCUGGGGUUUGGGUGCGAGACACUGCCUCUGGGGAUGCGGAGCGGGUGGCGAAGAAGAUUACUGCUGUGGGCGUGCAUCUGAGGAGGAAUAUUAGUUCUUUUGGGAUUGGGUUGAAUGUGACGCAAGAGCCGAUGUGGUUCUUUAGGCAGAUUGUUGCUUGUGGGUUGGAGGGGAAGGAGGCUACUAGUUUGCAGGGAGUUGGGGUUGAGGGAGAUGGUGUUUCUAUUGAUAGUGUUGCGGAUGCGUUUGUGGCGAGGUUUGUGGAGCGUGUGAAUGCCGAUUUUGCUUGUGGGGAGAAGGCUUUGGGGGAGGGGAUUGAGGAGGUUUAUCGGGUUCGAGAGGAGGAUUUACUUUAA